GUGUGUGUGUGAGAGCGCAUCUGAGAAAGCCAGCGAGCGUGAGACAGAGUGCCGUUCUUCUCCGUCAGUCAGCGCAUGUGUGAGAAAAUUCCCACGCACACAAACACACACAUUUUAUAGGUAUCAAGAGUUGGAUGCCGUCUGAGGUGUUGAGUUUAACUGUUGAAUUCUUGUCUGGGUGGUGCCCUUUGCCAUGCGCCUGCUAGACUUUGAGACACUAUGGCUCUGUCACGGACAAGAACACACACUGAGUCACGGCUGCACUCUGUAAAUGAUGUCAAGGACUGAGAGAGAAAGAGGGUCAACCGAGAGGCCAUGUCAGUGUGUUUAUCUGCUAUAGGAACAGGGAGCAGGGAGAGUUAGGAGGGAAGAUAAGGGAAGAGAGAUGACAAUGAGAGAGAAGGAGAGGGGGGUUUACCGGUGAAGCGAAGCAACUGAGAGAGAGAGAGAGGGAGGGGGAGAGUGAAAAAAAGAGAAAGAGCUAUGAACCCAUCUUCAGUGGCAACAGCAGCAGAACCAAACAUGCAGAGUAUGACCAUAGAGGACACCCCGGCAGCAGCACAGCCCAGUGAACCUAAACCCUUUGCAUGGAAUAAGUGUGUCAAAGUUGUGUUGGUCCUCCUGGGUUUCCUCCUCUUUGCCAUGGCGAUUGGGUCGGGAUUGCACUCCCUCAAGCAGUGGAAGUCUCCCUCAAGUCUCCACAGUCUGGCCAACAGCAGAGCAGCCCCACAAGCAUGCUGUUCUCCUGCCUGUCUGAAAGUAGCUGAUCGUCUCUCAUUGGCCAUAGAUCCUUUCUCUCAGCCAUGCGACUACUUCCUGUUUACCUGUGGGUUGUCGGGAGCGACAAGGGGCAGACAGAGAGGCAAGGGCACCACUCACCAUAGCAACAGUGGGGAGGGUGAGAGGACAAAGAAAAGACAUGGUAAAAGGGUGGAGACAGACAGAGAGAAUGAUACUCUGGUUGAGAGACUGCCAGACAGAGAGACACUGCUGAAAGAGUCCAUUAGAGAAAUACUGGAGAUGGCGGAAGGGUUGGAUUCUCCAAACUCUCUGGAGUGGAAAGCACGACAGUUCUACCGGUCCUGCAUGAACACAGACUCCAUAGAGGGCCAGGGCUCUGAGCCGUUUCUCAAGGUCAUAAAGCAGUUGGGUGGCUGGUCAGCAUUAGGACAGUGGACUCAGACUGAUAUAAACUCCACCCUGGCCUUGCUAAUGGGUCAGUAUGGGACGUUUCCAUUCUUCAGUGUGUUUGUGGGCAAAGACCCCAACCAACAGCACAACAACACCCCGUAUAUACAGAUUGAUCAACCAGACUUUCAGAUUCCUACUGAGUGGGACGACCAGAGUGAGACAUCCAAAGCUGAGGCAGUGAGUAUGCGCCCUUUCCUCUCCUCCUCUCUGAACUUCCUCACUCUGCUGGGUGUUCCCAGAAGCUCCAGGGCUAUGUCUAAUGGGCUGUAUAUGGCUCUGUCCUCUGAACUGGCCAAAAAGUCUUCCCCUCUCCACCACCGUCUCCAGACCAACAUGCUCUACCAGAGAGUCACCAUUCGUGAACUACAGACUCUGGCACCAGUUAUUGACUGGCUUGGCUGCCUAAAGGCCACCUUUCACCCCCUGGCUAUCAGCGAAUCAGAUUCUGUCCUUCUGCACAACCUGCCGUACAUCGUCCACAUGUCCGACACUAUCAGCAAAUGGCUGCUUAAGAACGGCGUGAUGGGCAGUGGUACCAUACAGACCUACAUGAUUCUAAGCCUGCUGCACACUCUACAUCCUGCCCUGGACUCAAGAUUCAGGGAAACGCAAAGAAACCUCUCUGUUGCCCUUGGUAACAUGGAGGAAGAAGAUCCUCGCUGGAAACACUGUAUUAAAACGACAGAGAGAGGGUUUGACGUGCUGCUCGGUGACAUGGUCAGAGACAGAACUGCACAUAGAGAGACAGAAGAGCUGGUGGGGAAUCUGUACUCCUCUCUCCAGAGCAAGUUAACUGAUCUGGCAUGGCGAAACAAGGAGUCCCGCAACUCCGUUUUAAAAAGGGUGAAGUCUCUGACACCACGAUUCAUGGCUCACACAGAUAAACAGAAACUUGCAGAACUCUACUCUGAGGUGGUGAUCAGCGAAGACAGUUAUUUCGCAAACUGCCUUCAAUCUCUCUUACUUCAACAGAAGCGAAGAACCCAGCUCUUCUCACAAAGCUUUCAGCCCGACAUUAUGUCCAUCACUCCAUUCCUCUCAGGGAGUGCUAUCAUCUUUCCCUCAGGGAUGUUUUUGCCACCUCUUUUCCAUCCCUCAUAUCCAAGGGCGUUGAAUUAUGGAGGACUCGGAUUCAUGAUGGCCAAAGACCUCCUCCACCUCCUCCUGCCAGACCUCCACACAGAGAGUGGUAGCCCCGAGUCAGUAGCAGCGUGUGUGUGGUCUCACUACAUCAGUGUCACGGAGGGCCCCGGGCGCGUUGGGGCUUUCUCUCUCGCUCCAUCGCAGAAGCUGGAGGUGUGGGUGCAGUACACUGCCCUGCAGGUGGCGCUACAGGCCUAUCAGAACAGUUUGCAACAGCAUCAGAAUGACGCCUCUCUGACGGGCCUCUUCCACAAUCAUCUCUUUCUCACUUCUUUCACACAAGUCAGCUGUGAUCCUUAUCCAUACCGUCAGCUGAUGACCUUUGAACCUUCUUUCCUGGUGUCUGUCAUUUGUGCCAACUCUGACCUCUGUCCUUCACAGAUGACCUGUGAGAAGAAGCCACUGGUUGCCCCCUUGGACAGCUGCUGAUGCUGGUCUGAAAAGGCAAUCCCUUUUAUCACUGUUGUUGAUGGUCAUUUUUAAUACCACAGAUAAAUGGAGACUCAGUCAGGCAAUGGUUGAAGUUGUAUUCUUUACAAUGAUGUGCACCAACAGAGAUAACAUGGCUACACAUAGAGAUACACCAGCUUGUCUGAUUAGAUCAGAGAAAGUCUGAGUUUAAGUACCUUCAAAUAAGCAUCUUCAUUUUUCGCACCAAAAGACAGACACAUCGCCGCAAAGACUUAAGCGCAGAAUGGAUGGAAACAGACUUGGCCAGAGACUUCUGAAUAUAAGAUACAGUAGAAUAAUGAUUCUGAUUCACAACCUUUUCACUGUUCAGGAUUCAAGAUCGACUCAGCUAACCUUACCCGAGACCCUAACCGUCUAUAACAUACAAGAGGAAAUGUCUGGGGAAGGAACGGUCAGGAUUGCACUUUUCAUAUCAUUUUCAUCUUUUCAUCUGAUUUUUGUCAGUGAAAUAUGGAGAAGCACUGAAAGCAACCAUGUCAUGCAACCUUCUAUGUCAAGGGUUUAGCUGUGCGUCACGUUUUGUGUUACCGUUUGUUUGUUUUUUGGAAUAAGACAGAUGUACUGACAUGACAAAGUCCACAAGGACCACACACCAGAAACACAGAAGGAAAGCACUUUACAGAGGGUGGGAAAUUACCCAUUUCACCCGUGACCAUGAAGCACUGUCUAUUUAUUGAUGUUUAUUUGGAAUCAAGGAAUCACUACAAACACCAUACAAAUAGACUACAUGGAUAAGCUGGUGUAUAUGGUGUACCUAAGCACUAGCAAAGUUCCAUUACUUUAAUGCAUCUGUUACAGAUAGAUCACAAAAUGUCACAAGAAAAUAUAUAUCAUUGUAAACAUACCAUAAUAAACAUACUAUACCUUU